AUGUCCUCGAAGGCCGCACUGCUGGCUGUCUUGGCGGGGAGUGGCCAGGAGCAUCUCGUCGACGACUACGACGCGCUUUCGCCAUCGGAGCAGACGACGCUGGCGACUCAGAUUCUGUCGUACACGAACGCGCAGUGGAAGCACAUGAACGUGAUUCUGCGAGACAGCCUGCGCCUCCUGAAUUUGAGCAACGCCGCUGCAGGUACAGGAGGGGGCGACGCUGCGACGGCUGCCCCGAACAUUACGCCUCCUCCGGCGGACACGAUCAUCAAUGUUCCUGCUCUCCUCGCCAAGAGGCCCAGCGAGCUGGCAGCUAUCCGAGCCGCCGGCAUGCGCGUGGUCGCGAGCGGCGAGGGGGCGGUGCUGCUGAUGGCGGGCGGAAGUGGCACCCGUCUGGGCAUGACCAUCCCCAAAGGCAUGGUCGAGUGCGACAAGCUCGUCAGCGGACGUUCGCUCUUCGCGUACCACUGCCAGCGCAUCCGCAAGAUGGAGAGGAUGGCCGCUGCCGCUGCGGCAUCGCUGUCGCAGCCGUCUGCUGUAGCUGCAGCAGGUGCAGCGCCCGUGCCACCAGGCGCCGGCCGUGGGACCAUGCCGCUGCUGGUCACGACGUCAGACCAGAAUGACACCGCGACGCGGCAGUUUUUUCACGACCACGACUUCUUUGGGCUGCUGCCCAAUCAGGUGUUCUUCUCUCGUCAAAGCUCACUCCCGUGCUACGACGAGGCGACAGGGCGAGUGCUGAUGCAGGCGAGAGGCAGCAUUUGCCUCGCACCGGGCGGCAACGCCGGUGUCUAUGAGAGUUUGGCCAAGGCGUCCGCCACGACUUCUGGCAGCCAGAGCGUGCUGGCGCAAAUCGAAGCACGGGGCGUGCGCUAUGUUCAAAUCGUGAGUGUGGACAACAUCCUCGCCAGGGUGGGUGAUCCGUACUUCUUCGGUGUGGCCGCAUCAUACCAGGCUGAGGUGGUCCUCAAGACGGUACCAAAGGUGUCAGCGGCCGAGAAGGUCGGCGUCGUAGCGCAGGUGGACGGUGAAUGGGCCGUCGUCGAGUACACGGAGAUUGGGGAUAGGCGUUCCGCCGAAACGGAUCCAGCGACGGGCGAGCUUGCUUUCAACUGCGGCAGCAUCGCUUCCCACUGCUGCUCCCUUGAUUUCCUGGCGCUUGCUGCCACGUACAUGGAGACGAGCACCUUUUACCACGCAGCCCGCAAGACGAUUCCGACCAUUAACGGUCCAGCACCUGCGAUCAAGCUUGAGGCGUUUAUCUUUGACGUCUUCCGCUACGCGAAGGACGUGCCGAGUCGGGCGGAGCGAGCCAAGAAGGCACCGCUGCCGGACGCGUUGCAGAUUCUGCAGGUGGACCGCAGCAUGGAGUUUGCGCCGAUUAAGAACGCUGAUGGCGCUGCCGCGGAUACGCCAACGACCGCCGCUCAGCUGCUCUUGGACCUGCACACCCGAUGGGUGACCGAGGCUAUCGAAGCGGCUCCGGGGACUUAUGCAGUGGCUUCAACCAGCACGUCCGCGAUGUACACGGCACUGGAGCGCGCGACAGCGCUCCAGCGACUGCGUGACGGGCAGUGUUGCUGGGAAAUCUCUCCCCUCGUUUCGUAUGAGGGCGAGGGGCUCGCGGCAUACGUAGGGCAGUUGAUUCACCGAUCUGCCACUGGCAGCGGCGUCUUGGGCCUGGAGGAGGCAACGGCGGGCACGGCGAACAUGUGA